UAAACAUCUUUCAUAAUGCAAGAGCUUUAAUAAAAUUAAUUUUUUUAAGGAAAUAAGGACUCUUACUUUAUUUUGGGUAAGAUUAAUGAAGGCGCUAUUUCUGAAGUUUAUAAAGCUUAAGCUCAAUCAACAUAGGAAUUUGUUGCCAUUAAAAUCCUGAAUCGUUUUAGAAGAAUGGAUAACAUGCCUAACAUUUAUUUUGAGAACGAAAUCGAGAUUACUUAAAAAUUAGCUAACAUGGAUUAUAAAAGUGCUAAUAUUGCUAAUAUAAUUGAAGUUUUUACAAUUAAUUAAGGGUAGUCUUACAUGAUAGUUUAGGAGUAUUGUCAAUAUGGAGAUUUAUACUAAAAUAUGUUUGUAAAUUAAGGAAAACUAGAUGAAAGGACUAAGCUUAUUUACUGUAUACUAAUAUGUGAAGGAUUAGUUUACUUACAUAAUAAUAAUAUAGUUCACAGAGAUCUAAAACCAGAAAAUAUUAUGAUAGCAUAUCAAAAUAAUUAAUAUAGAUUAAAAAUUACUGAUUAUGGCUUGUGCAAGUAAGGCGAAGAACUUUUCAAUUCAUUUGUUGGAACAAUUACAUACAUGGCACCAGAAAUAUUACUGAAUUAGUAAUAUACUAAAAAAGUUGAUAUUUGGAGCAUGGGUUGCAUCAUGGAUGAAAUUGUUAGAGAAACUACUACUUUUGAUGGUGAAUCAUUUUAGCAAAUACAAAAUGAUAUAAUCAACUAUAGAGGAUAUACAUAUAAUAAUUUUCUAAGCUAAAUUAUAUAAAAAUGUUUGGUAGUUGAUCCAAAAAAUAGAAUUGAUUCAACUUAACUGCAGUAAGAGCUACGCUAAUUGCUAAAUCAAUUUGAAAAUCGAUAUAUUAACCAUAAAUGUUAGCAACAGUAUUAUAAAGAGAAAUAAAUAGUGUAAGAUGCUCAUAAGUAAAGUAUAGAUGAACUCGAAAGCAAAAUUUAAAUACCACUCUAAAGCUAGAUUUAAGACUCAUAACUAUUAUCAAAAUUAAAUAAUAAAAAGUAUUAAGUAUCUAAAAUUUAAUAUUAAGGUAACUAAUCUGCUCUGAUAAAAAAUAAUUUAUAAAGUAAAUAAAAUUUUUAAUUUCAUACUUUCUACUCACAAAUACAUUCUAAUUAUGAGAAAAACACAGACAAUAAAUUUGAAAAUUAAGCUGAUUAAUAAAAAUUGAUUUAAGAGCUAGAUAUCAAAACACAAAUUUAAUAAAAGGAUAACUUAUAAUUAUAGAGUAAUAUUUAAGAUUAAUUCUAAGAAUAAAAUUAAAAAAUUGAAAAUUAUUAUCCUUAAAAUUAAUUUAACCAAUAAUAAAUAGAAUUUUAUUAAAAUUAAAAUAAUAACUCUAAUACUAAUCAUUUAAGUUUGGUUGUGAAUGAUUUUGACAAUAAAUUAAAUUUUACUGAAUAAAAUUGCUAUAAAAUAGAUAUCUAAAACAAAACCAAUUAAGUUAGUAUUGGUAAUUAGUUAAAAUCUUAAGAUGAAUAGUGUGAGGAAAAGUUAUUAUGUAAAUUACAAAUAAACUAAAAUGAUUAGAAUAAUUAAAAUUAAAAUGAUUAUUUUUAUUCAUCAGUUUAAGAUUAAAUUUAGAUGUCUAAUUGUGAAAAUAAUAAUUUCUAUUAAGCUUAAAUUUAAGUCUAACCAAUGCACAAAGAAUAAGAGUUAGAAAACAACAAAAGCGAAUAAGUCAAAUAAUUGAAUAAUAAAGAUAAUUAUUAACCAAAUAAUAAUUACUAACCUUAAUAAAUAAAUGAAAACGAAUCUAUUUAGAAUAAUUAUUAUUAUAAUCCUUAAUCUAACUCAUUUGUUUAAAAUUAAAGUAAGAUAGAUCAUUAUUAAAAUUAAGAUUUUUAUUUCUCCAGCAAAGUAAUUAUUAAUUAAAAGGAUUACCAAAAAAAUGAAUUAUAAUAAAAAAAUGAAGAUUCUAUAAAUUAAUUUAAAGAAAUAACAUAUACUGAAUAUAUUAAUGAAAGAUAUAAAUAAUUCGCUUAAAAAUACUAAAUAGGUAGUUAUUAAAAUAACUAAUAAGCUAGUUAAUAAAAUUAAGAUUUAAAAAUUGAAGAUACAUUCAGUAAGACCAAUGAUAAAUUUAAAGAAGUAUCUAUAAAUCUAGUAUUUAUUUCCAAAAAUAAAGCUGAGUUCUAUAUAAAUCUAGUAAAAUACCUAAUUUUUGUUCAUUUUUUAUCAUUAGAAGUUGAUGGAAAGACAUAUUUAUUAGAAAAAAUUUUAAAUACAAUAAUGAUGAACAUGGAUAAUAUUUAAAAUGAAUAUUAUUAAAAAAUAAAUGAAUAAGGUGAAAUUUGUUUCUAAAAAAAAUUACAAAAUUUAAAUUAUUUCAUUUCAUUUUUACAUGAGCUUUAUAAAAGUAACCAAUAGUCUUUAGUAUCUUUUUGUUAUGCUGUGGUAUGUAAAUAAUUUUACUCUGAUACUUUUGAAGAGAUCGGAAAAUCUCUCUUUGAAAACUUAGAAAAUGAAAAAAAAGAUAUAGGUAUAAACAAAUCUGGAUCCUCUUUCAUUUAUGAAUCAGAUUUUUUUGAUUACUUAUUGGAAGAAGAUAAUUAAAAUUUAUAUUUUUAAAAGUUAAACUAUUUUUAAAGUAAAAAUAAAGAAUAUUUUAUAGCUUUUACUAAAGUAGAAUAUGCCAUUUAUAAAUAAAUAAAAUAAAUAAUGAAUAUCGAUAUAAAUUCAUGA